UGAUCAUGGCGUCUAUCUCCAGCCAAGACACACGGUGGACCUCACUGGAGUGCCAUUAUAUUUUCAGCAUUUAUAGAGGUGACAGUGCCGUGACAGAGGUGCUGGAGGUUAUUUAGGCACCAAGGAACAGGUGUGUAAGGUGUGGCAGUGAUGUUGAUAAGGGAUUAGUGUGUUGCGAGGGAAAGAAGUGUGCUGGGCCGGGUGUUUGCUCUCAUGUCAACAAACUUAGUGGUGAUGGCCGUGUGGUGUUUGGUGUUGCUUAUAGACCCCUUAAGCACACUCAAACACCCAGCAACACAUCCAGAACGUGCCCAUAUAUACCCAAACACCCACACACACAAAGUGGAGUAAUGACAUUUCCGGCAGCACUAAGCGGCGAGACGAGAGCAAUGCAGGCCUUCUUCACAACCCUCCACAGCGCCUCACGAUCAUUUAUUUCAGAUUCAGGCGUGUAAAUGGCAAGAGUAGAUGAAAGAAAAAAGGAAGAGGACGAAGAAGAAAGGAAAAAUGAAAGUGGAAGAGGAGGAGGAGCCAAAACACAAUAUUCAGGAGCCACCAUUGAGACAGAGGGAAUCCAGCGGCAGUGUAGGAAGCGGAACACAGAGCUGGCCGGCCUCCAGGAAGCUCAGAGCCGGAGGGAGGCAGGUGAGCUGGAGAAGAAUCUGGCGGAUGACUCUGGUCUGCUGAAGGUGCUGCUGGACCAUUUGUCUGAGGCAGAGAAGGACAACCUGCUGCUGCUUCAGUACUCUGCAGAGGAUACUUCAAAGAUCAAGGAGACUGAGUCAUUCUGUCUUCCCCUCUGUCUGAGGCAGAGAAGGACAACCUGCUGCUGCUUCAGUACUCUGCAGAGGAUACUUCAAAGAUCAAGAGUCUGAGUGUGCACCUGAAGCAGGAAUGUGAGCAGGUGGCUCAGGCCUGUCUGGACCAGCUGGGAAUUGCAUUCUUCCAGUCCGCUGCUCACCGGGACCACCUCCUGGCACAGUGAGAGGCAACCCUGGACCACAUCUUCCAUAAGGC